AUGGCGGACAUGUUCUAUCUCUACAACAAUUACACGGGUACCGCCUUAACGCUCGACCCUACAAUUUCCGACUAUGGUCUUCGAGCGUUUUAUGGUGGAUCUGACUCUGCCCUCGCCUUCACGUUCACACCUAUCCCAAACACCAGAUUCCUUAAGAUCUGCACUAGCAUCAGCUCUUUGUCGUACUGCCUUGAUGUUUACGGCGACCAGAAGACUGUCCCUCAUUUGUCCGAGGAAGGGAAUUAUUCAGGACAACAAUGGGAUGUAAUUACCGCCAGGGGUGGGCUUGUCAAAUUAAGCAAUCAAUAUACUGGAACAAGUUGGUAUUUGGAUGUGUAUAGUGAUAGCAAUGGGGCUUUCAUGGACCAGGGCGAUUAUGCGGGUCAGUACUGGAAGCAAGUCUCGAUAGGUUCAAUGACCACCUCUAACCCAGUGGAAUCAACGACGUCUGCUCCUUCCGCCGCCGCCGCCGCCACCACCACCAUAUCCACUAAAAGCUCGUCCACUCAAAGUACCGGAGAUACCGUGACCACCUCUGGGGCAGUUUCUGUAAUACCACCUAUACCAAGUGCGAAUACAUCUGGGCUAAGUACGGGAGCCAAAGCCGGUAUUGGAGCCGGUUGCGGUGCGCUGGCAAUCCUUGUCGGUAGCCUCAUCUUCGUCAUACUAUCUUGGAGGCGCAAGUCCCGAUUCAAAAAGGCAGAUAACGUGCUAGGAGGGGCGACGACGAAUGAGAAGAAGCCAGUAUUCUUGGAUCAAGACUCUUAUCCCGUGGAAUCGAAUCAAGCGUAUUUUGGGACAGCAGAACUGCCUUCUCCAGCUGUUGAUAAACCUGUGCUUGAAAUGCUGGGUCAAAGUCAACCAGUCAAUCAUUCAAUGGACGGAUCGAAAGGUCAUGCUGUGGUCCAUGAGAUGCCAGGGCAAGAUGUCUUGCGCUAA